AUUUGCGAACUUUUAGCCAAAGAGAGUGAACAUACAAGAGAAACUCUCAACAAUAUCAAACAACUAGUAACUGGCACAGAGAGAAAUAUGGCUGUGUUCCAAACAGUCCUUGAAAAUUUUGACAACUUUGCAUCAACUUUGCACAAUAAUAUGAGUAGUCUUCAGAAUGACAUUUCCCAGUAUUUUGAGAUUCUGGUCACUAAAGUGAACUCCCACAACGAGGUGAUGACAGAGCUGGAGAAAAGUGUGAAAAAGAGUGCAGACACCACAGCAGAACUUGGUUCAAAUCUGCAAAUCUUGCAGAGUAGUCUUGAGAGUUUGAGAGAGGAGCAAGAGAGAGAACGGAACUUGCUUGCAGAGGCCCUGAAGCUGCUCAGCACCCUUGUCUCAGAGCAUACAGCCAAACCUGGCCCUCAGAGAUUGAUGGACAGGAGCAUCCAGACUUCACUGGAACAGUCGCCCUCCAGCAUCCUUCAGAACAACAAGCUCAAAGGCACACAGCUCACAUGCACACCGCACGAACUUGAACACAAACAGGUUGAAGUUCUCCCUCAGGAUCACAGCUGCAGCACUGGAAAGAGGAAAUCCAGAAGCUACAAGAAGCGCACGAAGAAACAGUCGACACUCUCACAGAGGAAGAAAUGCUCAGUCUCUGAUGAAAACAGUCAGUCUCUGAUAAACUGCAAGAAAGUGCAGAAUGUUUCAUCAGCCCGCAGUGAACGCUGUGAUCUGAAAAAGAUAACCACCCGUGACAACACAGACUGUCUGUCAGUGCUGUGCAGGGAGAAGAGGUCCAGUAAAACUGCAGGGUGUCUCCUCACCCCCCUCAGCUGCUGGUCUCAGGACAGCAACAGCUCUGCGUGCCUUAGAGAGAUCGAACCCAUUUUAGGGAAGCUGUCAGCUGAGACCAAGGCAGGGACCCCAGUGAAAGGCUUCUGGCAGUUGUUUGACAUGGACUGUGAUUCUGAGUUUGGCUUUUAGACAAUGAGUAAAAGACUUACGGCAGUGAGGACUUUGUGUUCAUAUUUCUGGAGGCAAAAAAGUGUAUUAUUUUUAUAUUAAUAUAUUUAUUAUU